AUGUACCAAAGGCACCCUACCCACAAAGGCUGCCAGUUUUCUAGGUUCUUGGAGAUCUUUAAGAAGGUUCAAAUUAACAUACAUUUUGCUGAAGCACUAGAGAAAAUGCCACUAUAUGCCAAGUUCUUAAAGGAACUCAUGACUAAGGAAAGAAACUGGGGAGAAAAGGAAACUCUAGUGCUCACAGAAGAAUGUAAUGCCAUUAUACAAAAGAAGCUUCCCCAAAAGAUGAAGGACCUUGGGAGCUUCCAAAUCCCAUACAUCAUAGGGGAUAUUAAUAUUGAGAAAGCAUUGUGUGACCUAGGAGCCAGCAUCAACUUUAUGUCCCUAUCCAUGAUGAAGAGAAUGAGAAUUGAAGAGGCCAAACCAACAAGGAUGACACUCCAACUAGCUGAUAGGACAUUCAAGUUUUCCCAUGGAGUGGUGGAAGACUUGUUGGUAAAGGUGGGAGAGUUCAUAUUCCCAGCAGAUUUUGUAGUGCUCGACAUGGAGGAAGAGGCCAAUGCAUCAUUCAUAUUGGAAAACCAUUCCUAG